UAUUAUUCUACAAUUUAAUUUUAUUCUAGAUUUAAUUUUUUCUAGACUCAAUGUUUUCUCUGAAAGAUUUUUUCCUUUAUUUCUCAAUUUGUUUGAGCAUACCAUCAGUAAUUGUAUAUAUUUUGGAGGUUUGGACAAUUAUUUGUAACAAAACCCUUCACAAUUCAUUUUACACACUCUUCAGUGUUAGAGCAAUUUUUGUAAAUUUUAUUUUUUGUUUCUAUAAUCAAAUUUCAAAUUCAUUGAAAGUUUUCUAUUUCUCUGAAAUUCUGUAG